AUGGCCGAGCCGGGGAAGAGGGACAUCCGCAACCAUGUGCUGUUCGAGGUCGCUACCGAAGUCGCCAACCGCGUCGGCGGCAUCUACUCGGUGCUGAAGUCGAAAGCGCAGGUGACGACGGCAGAGUAUGGCUCGACAUACACACUACUGGGCCCGCUCAAUCGAGCAUCAGCGGCCGUGGAGGUGGAAGAGAUCGUGCCCAAGGACCCAGCAUUAGUAGCGACCAUCAAGAGCAUGAACGAGCGCGGUAUCAAGACGCUGUACGGCAGGUGGCUGAUCGACGGUGCACCCCGAGUACUGCUCUUCGACACCAGCACGGGCUACUACAAGCUGGAUGAGUGGAAGGGCGACCUCUGGAACACCGCCGGCAUCCCCUCCCCACCCGACGACCAUGAGACAAACGAGGCUAUCGUCUUCGGUUAUCUCAUCGCCUGGUUCUUAGGAGAGUAUGUCUACCACGAGCGCGAGCGGGCUGUCAUUGCUCAGUUCCACGAGUGGCUGGCGGGUGUUGCUCUACCGCUCUGCAAGAGGAGGAAGAUCGAUGUGACCACCAUCUUCACCACACACGCUACCCUCCUCGGCCGGUAUCUCUGCGCCGGCAGCGUCGACUUCUACAACAACCUGCAGUACUUCGAUGUGGAUGCAGAGGCAGGCAAGCGUGGCAUCUACCACCGCUACUGCGUAGAACGCGCGGCGGCGCAUGCUGCGGACGUCUUCACCACGGUCAGCCACAUCACCGCCUACGAGAGCGAGCACCUCCUCAAGCGGAAACCUGAUGGCGUCUUACCAAACGGCCUCAACGUCAAGAAGUUCAGCGCGACCCACGAGUUCCAGAAUCUGCACUCCAUCAACCGCGAUCGUAUCACCGACUUUGUGCGCGGCCACUUCUACGGCCACAACGACUUUGACCCCGAAAAGACACUCUACUUCUUCACAGCCGGCCGCUAUGAGUACAGAAAUAAGGGUGUGGACAUGUUUAUUGAGAGUCUUGCGAGACUGAACCACCAAAUGAAGAGCUCGGGUAGUGAUAUGACGGUGGUAGCAUUCAUCAUCAUGCCGGCACAAACCACCAGCUUGGCCGUGGAAGCUCUGAAAGGGCAGGCUGUCGUGAAGAGCCUCCGGGACACCAUCACCCACAUCGAAAACAACGUCGGCCGAAAGCUCUUCGACAAAUCCCUCCGCUGGCACGAAGGGGAUGAAGUCCCCGACGAAAAGGACCUCCUCACCCCCCAAGACAAAAUCAUGCUCCGCCGCCGCCUCUUCGCCAUGAAACGCUCCACCCUCCCCCCCAUCGUCACGCACAACAUGGUCUCCGACACCGAAGACCCCAUCCUCAACCAAAUCCGGCGCUGCCAGCUCUUCAACCACCCCAACGACCGCGUCAAAGUCAUCUUCCACCCGGAGUUCCUCUCCUCCGGCAACCCCGUCUUACCCAUGGACUACGACGACUUUGUCCGCGGCACGCACAUGGGGAUUUUCAGCUCCUACUACGAACCGUGGGGCUACACGCCGGCCGAAUGCACCGUCAUGGGCGUACCGUCCAUCACCACCAAUUUAUCUGGCUUCGGAUGCUACAUGGAAGAGCUGAUCGAAAACGCCACCGACUACGGCAUCUACAUCGUCGACCGCCGCAUGAAGGGCGUCGACGACAGCGUCAACCAACUCUCCGAUUUCAUGUUCGACUUCACCAAGAAAUCCAAACGCCAGCGCAUCAACCAGCGCAACCGCACCGAGCGCCUCUCCGACUUGCUCGACUGGAAGAGGAUGGGCAUGGAGUACGUCAAAGCGCGCCAGCUCGCCCUUCGUAGAGCCUAUCCGGAGAGCUUUGACGGUGACGAGGAUACGGGCGGCUUCUUUGAUGGGGCCGAGACGGUGAAGAUUUCGCGUCCGCUGAGCGCGCCGGGCAGUCCGCGGGAGAGGAGCGGGAUGAUGACGCCGGGGGAUUUUGCGAGUUUGCAGGAGGGGAGGGAGGGGUUGAGCACGGAGGAUUAUAUUGCUUGGAAAUUGCCUGAGGAUGAAGAACCAGAAGACUACCCCUUCCCCCUGACGCUCAAACAGAAGAGCAAGAACGCCGGCGGCCUCAGCCCGGCCCUUGGAGGGAGUCCGGCGCCGGGACAGGUCGAUGGCGGGGCGGAUGCGAGUGGGAAUGUGAGUGGGAAUGGGAAUGGGGUUGGGACGGGCACGCCGACGUUGGUGAAUGGGACGGGAGCGUCUGUUUCAUAG